AUGAAAAACAUGAGUACUAAAAAGGAGUUGAGUGUAAGAGUGAAGAAGAAGGAGGUGGUGGAGGCGGCGGCGCCGCCAAUCCCACAGCAUUGGGUGCCGCAGUCGAACCUAGACUUGCUACUGCCGCCGGUCACAUUCGGGGUGUUCUUUUGUUACCAAAAAACACCAAAAUUAACGUUUGGUGCCAUUUGUAGCGAUCUGAAGGCGGCGUUGGCGGAGACCUUGGUCUCCUACUAUGCCCUCGCCGGCGAAGUGGUGAUGAAAAACGCAGGCGGAGAGGCUGAAAUUGUGUGUAACAACCGCGGGGUGGAGUUCGCGGAAGCGUUGGCGGACGUAGAGCUGAGUGAAGUGAACUUGUACAACCCGGACGAGAGCAUCGAAAAGAAGCUUGUUCCCAACGUGAAGCAUGGCGGCGUACUUGCCAUCCAGGUUACACAACUGAAAUGCGGAGGAGUAGUGGUGGGCUGUUCCUUUGACCACCGCGUGGCAGAUGCCUAUUCGGCCAACAUGUUCCUCGUAUCGUGGUCCGAGGUAGCUCAAGCCAAACCGCUGUCUCAGCUCCCCUGUUUCCGGAGGUCCUUUCUCUUUCCUCGCCGUCACGGCCACUACGAUCUUUCCGUCGACGCCAUGUAUACACUAAUCUCAUCCCUGCCGCCGCCGCUGCCGGCGGCGGAGCCUAAACCCCUGCAAACUGAUGAACAAAGCGUGAUAAGUCGCAUAUACUAUAUAGAGUCGGACGAAAUCAUUCGCAUCCAAUCACUAGCCAAUUCCCAGAAAGGCAGCGCAAAACAUCAUCGGAUUACAAAGCUGCAAGCAUUCUCGGCCUUCCUAUGGAAAACAAUUGCCGCCGGAAUGUGUAAAGAUAACAGCUUCAAGAAUUUCAGAUUGGGGGUUGUGGUUGACGGGAGGACCAGAUUGAGCGGCGGAGAUGAAAAACAGGCUGAACAGUUAAAGGGUUACUUCGGGAACGUUCUUUCGAUUCCAUUUGGCGACAGAAAGAUCGAAGAUUUGCAGGAAAAGCCAUUGAGUUGGGUGGCAAAUGCAGUGCGGGAGUUCUUGGAGGAAGCCCUGACGAGGGAACAUUUUCUUGGACUGAUUGAUUGGGUUGAAUCCCACCGUCCCGAACCAGCCUUAGCCAAAAUCUACGCCAGCGGCGACGGGCCGGCGGCGGUGGUUUCAUCAGGGCAGCAGUUUCCGGUGAGAAAGAUUGAUUUUGGAUGGGGGAAACCGAUAUUUGGAUCGUACCAUUUUCACUGGGGAGGAGAAGCGGGUUAUGUUAUGCCGAUGCCGAGCCCGAAAGGGAAUGGAGAUUGGAUAGUUUAUAUGCAUCUGCAAAAAUGGCAGGUGGAGUUGAUAGAGGCUCAUGCAUCGCAUGUAUUUAAGCCGAUGACUUCUGAAUACCUUGAUUUCAAUUGAUUUGUAUCAUAUUUUGGGUUCAUUACUCCAUAUAAUUUCUGUUUCUAGAUCAUAUGGGCAUCAAGUUUUGUUUAUAUGCAUCUCCAAUUGUGAAAU